AGAGCAGCAGCCGUGGCCACAAGGAAGAUGGGCGACGCGGCGGGCCUCUCCUGGCGCGGCCUCGCGUGGCUCUGGGUGGCCGCCCUCUACAGCCAGCUGGUGGGCGCCGAUCUCCGCUCGGACAUCCAGGCCCUUUCGGAGGUCACCAUCGCCCGCGUCCAACAGUUCCCGGAGCUGCGCCUGCGGAUCCGCGGCUUGGAGUUCAUCCCGGAGCGGCUACCGGCGGCCAGACUCGGGGCCAUCGACGGGGCCCUGGAGCGCUUCCAGCAGGUGCUGGGCGCGCUGCUGCAACAGGAGCCGGCGGCUCAGGUGUCCAACGACGUGGAGAACCUGCGCAGCCUCUGGCAGCGGCUGGCCGCCCACCUGGGCUGCCCCCUCCACACGCCGCCCUCCUCGCAGGCCGACCUGGGCCAGCUGCGGGCCCGCCUCGACGACUCCGCCUUCACCGUCGUCUCCGUCACCUUCGACCGGCUGCGCGAACUCCUGCGCUUCAUCCGAGGCCACGUCGACCAAGUCCGGAGCUGCUAGCGGAGGGCCCAGAGCGCCCCCCACCCCCCCCCCCGCGCCAGAGCCUCCCCUGCACAAGGACCGACACCCCCCCCCCCCAGCUGCCAUCCGGAUUUAACUGAGCCCAGCACGCCCAGGCAGACUUGCAGGGGGGAGCCCGGAGUGGUGUGGAGUCCCCGGAGACUGUGGAACCGUCUUGUGCAGGGAGGGGCGGGGGGGGGGACAUUGACUCAAGGCCUUCUGGUCUACCGCGAGGAGUGCGGGGCUCCCCCGAAGCCCCCAGAUUUCCCAAGCGCACCCCGCUGUCCUCGUCCCUCUGGCCGGGCUUCGGGGGGGGGGGGGGCGGCGGCGACCGCCGGCACGUGCCCUGCCCCUUAAGGAGGUCCGGGGCUGGAGGGGCGUCAGUGGCGGCAGGUGUGCCCAGGUGGUCGCCCUUUACAGCCACCACGGCCGGCAAUAACAAUCCUCCCCCCCCCGCGCCCGUGAUGGGGGGGGGGGCUCCUAAACUGUCCUCCUCCGCGCUUCUUCCGGUGCGGGGCAGACCCGAAGAGCCCCAGGCAAGGACGGAGAGGCGCCCGGUCCCCGCCCUCUCUUGCGCUGCAGCGGCGCCAUGGAAGGGCCAGCCGGUCGGGCGCUCUCAGCCUCGCCUACCUCACAGGGAGGGUUGUAGUGAAGAUCAGUCGGAAGGGAGGGGAAUGACGUGAGCCGCUGGCUGUGCGUCCCCACUGGGGAGAAAGGAAGGCGGCGCGCAACCGACGCGACUCGAACAAACCUCCCAGCUGCUGGGGCGGCGGCGUGGGGGGGGGGAUUGUUCACGAGUGGGAAUCCCCCCCCAAAGUACAUCGGAGGCCGCCCAGUAGGGCCCCAGCAACUCUCGGGGGGAGGGUCUAGCCCCCGACUCCGCGGCCCCGCCUUCCUUUGCCAGACCACCCCUCCCCCGCGGGGCGCAGGGAGGGCCGGGGCCCCCGAGCCACGCCUGCCAACAGCGCGCCCUCUCCGGAAGAGCCCCCCCCCCCGCAGAAGGCGGGCAAGAGGGGGGGCGUCGCUUGGUCGGUUUCUACGGAGCUGCUCAGAACUUUCCGGGGGGGGGGGGUUCACCUGGACCCAGCAUCCGUGUCCUGCCUUCAUGAUGGCACCUGAAAGACAGAAAUGCAGCGUCUAUUUUUAUUAAUUUUUACAGUCCGGUGAAUAAAGGUGAACGUUGUUGUUA